AUGAAUGCCAAUAGUUUUGAAGUUUUGGCUGCCAGAGUCGAAAAAGCCGUAAGUGUAUGCUUGGCUGAUUCAACCGAACCGAUAGAUAGCAGGUUAAGAAGAACAUUGGUUCCACUUGCAUCUAGUCAAUCCAAAGAAGUAUUUACCUUACGAAAAGCUACACUUGAAUAUGUUUUCAAGAAGAUCGGACUGAAGAUAUCAAAUAAGAAUGAGAAAGAACUAUGUGAACAAUCAUUAGCUUUAACUAUUUUAGAGGAAAUAAUGGAAACUCAACCAUUAGAUGUUUGUGAAGAUUUAUUUAAUUACUUGGAACAAAAUAAACAAAGAUUACUUGUGGAUUUAAAACCAACAGUUGGAAAAGGUCUCAUUUUAUUAAGAGUAUGUAAUGAACUUGUUCGUAGGACAUCAAAAUCAAAUAAUAAUGGAUUUCGAGGGCGAAUUUUAAUAUUUUUAUCAAAUACGUACGCACUUGGAGAAGUUUCAGGUGUCAACAAAGGUGGAGAAUGCAAUGUUGAAAAUAUCACGACUUUUCAUGCAAAUCCUGAUGAUGUAGAUGCAGAAUUUUAUAACAAUUUUUGGAGACUUCAAACUUAUUUUAGUAACCCACUUAAGAUGGGUAAAGAUUUUAAUCUGGAGCACGUAUUAAAUAAUAUUAGUUUAGUCGUGAAUCGUUUCCAAGACAUUAUUUUGCAAGAAAAGAUAAAGGAAGCGGAAGAACAUCUUGGCGAAUCAAAAACUUCAAAAAACAAUAAGAAUAAUAGAAAUGGUGAGACUAAUAAGGACAUCACCUCGAGAGAUAAAAAGCGUAAAGCAUCAACCCAGGAUGAUGACCCGGAGGAGACAUUAAAUUUUGCCAAAGAUUACGUUAAAUAUUUUCCCAAAUAUUUAACUAGUCACGCUCUUUUCAAUAAAGAGAUCUCAGAUCGAAAUUUCCGAAGAACAGUUCUUGUACAAAUACUUAUAAUAUUACAAUACCUUACUGGAUUAUUCCCUGAUGAACAAGCUCGUAUAGCGAAGGCAAAGAAACCUGCUGAUAGUAAUCCUGUACAAUUACCCGUAUACGCAAUAUCAGAAGCUCAGCAAACGAUAAUAAUGGAUUUAUGGGAAAAAAUUUUCCAUCAAAUUGAAGAAAUCACACCUAAUGGUACACGUUUCGCUGGAGCAAUUCGUCAUAUCCUUGCCAUGGAGAAACGUUGGAAUUUUUGGAAAUAUGCUAAUAAUUGUGCUUUUGAUAAAAUUACCGAACCCCGAAGAAAGGAAUUAAAAGAGAAAUAUGAUCAAGGAAUGAGAAAGAAAGCCAAACUUAUUGAACCUUUGGAACCAAUUAAAUUCAAAAUGGGUUCGGAAAAAUUAACCACCAUGUGGGAAAAGAAUAAAAAUGUCAAUGGGUUAUCAAUUCUUGCUGAUAAAUCUCGUCCAAGAUCCACUCCCGAAUUUCAUAAAAUAUAUGAGAAGAUUAAAGCUGAUAAUUAUCCACCGCCACAGGGAUUAAUUUUUGAUCCAGCAGAAAGCGUUGAGGAGAAAGAAAUUAAAGAUAAAGGCUGGCAGUGA